GAUGCUUGAAAAUCAAAAUCAGUGGACUGUAGGUGAUCACGACCAUGAUAUCGAGGAACGCAUAGAUAAAAGAUGGAUCUCAAUGCGGAAGCGGUUCGCUGGUUGGCUGCCACCACCUCCGGCAGUGAUGGUGGAACGAGAAACAGUAAUUAUGGUGCGCCAACGACAGCUGCAAAUAAAAGAGCAUCUGCUGAAAUGAAUUCCACGCGUCGCGACAGCACGACAACGCUGUUAAACAACAACCCCCUUCCCGCUUUUCAGCUGCUGCACCGCGCGUUGAAGCAAGGCAUUGUGUACGCAUUGCAAAUUAAUAAGUAUGCCGAAGUCUGGAGUAGACAAAAAUCUGUGUUGCAUGGACGGAAAAAGUUGCCUAGCACUUCUAGUAACGCAGAGGGCGAAUUUCUCAUGCGGAAUAGGCACUAAGGCGCUCUUGCGCAAUCUGUGAUGCUUGUGGUCGCAUUACAAACCAACUUUGUUUUCCACGAGAUGCAUUGCAUUCUUCCAGACCGAGACAUUAUUUGUUUUUGAUAUCGUGGAGAAAGACCUGUUUUUGUUAGCGGAGACCUGGGCGAACCUCGGGCUGGCGUAUCGCAAGUUGCAGCAGCACGAGAUAUACCCAGUGCAAAAGUCUCGUACUCCGACGUAGUCGUACUCGUACAAAUUACAGUGAUGGAGGAGCACGACAAAUUUCUCUUCCUGACGAGCUAAAUCAAGAACGUGACAAUUUUUGAACUUCCAUUGAUUUGUAAAUGCAAUUCCAUUUGAUGUAAUGCUAAUGUUGAGAAAAUUUGUAGUGUACUAUGCAGUUGGUACUCGCUGCACGAUAGUACUUUUGCAUUGCAUAGUGUGUUGCAGAAUGUUUCCGAGUUCGGCACCUCCUCUCCCGUCCACGACCAGCAACAGCUGCAGGAUUUAUCCACUGCAAAAGUGUGUGGGUCUGGAAACUUGUGAUGCAAGUCAGGGAAAAAUGCGUAUACUGGAAUGCACUGCCAAGCAUGACAAGUUUUUCCGUGGUUCAGAGUUGCGUACUCCGCAUGAGAAACUGCGUUUUUGCAUGACAGGGAAGAGAAGCCCUUUGCGGUCACGCAAUACUGAGCUCACAGUCAUGCCGGACUAGCAUGACAAAUCCCGGAAUCUUGGAGACCCAGACAUUUUUGCAUUUGAUAGGAUUUGGCCAUUUACAAUCUGCAGCUUUCCGCCAGCCUGCUCAGACGGGUUUUGGACCACGACAACGACAUAGAAAUUCAGAACGCUCUAAACGCCCUCGAAGGAGCAUCGAAUUAUACUUAUCCCACGGGUUCUUCUAGCACGACGACCGGGUCUACUUCUCUGUCGCUGGACGCCACGUUGUAUUAAAUGCAAAAGCAUCGUACUAGUAGAAAUCGCAUGACAAAUUCUGUCAGCAUGAAAAAUGGAAUUUGUAAUGCGGAUUUCGGGUAAGAAGGACAUUUGUAAUGCAUGACUGCGAUUACUACGAGUACGAUACUUUUGCACAGGAUACGUUGCAGAACCACUCGAAGCUGGCUUCCCUCUACCUGAACUUGUCCGUCUUGCACCACGAAAAAGCGCGGGCUGCGGUAAAUAAAAUAUCGACGUCUACAACUUGCGGAACGACAUCGUCACAGCCCUCAAAUCAAAAGAACCAGACCAGGAGUUGCUUUGAAGAUGACUACACUAUGAACGUGCAAAAGCAUUGUGCUCGUUGCGAUUGCAAUCAUGCAUUGCAAAUUUUUUUGUCAAGUCAAAUCCGCAUUACAAAUUUUAUUUCUCAUGAAUUUGUCAUGCGAUUUUCAUUUUUACUAGUACGAUGCUAGUGCUUCUGCUUUUGCAGUGCAUACGAACCGCUUUUCACCUCCUGGUCCCAACCGCCGACCCGGAAAUCGAGCACGAGACAGCACUGCAGUACGGGAUCCAAUGUGUCGACAUGUGUGUCUCGGCGCUGCUGCGUUUGGAACAGAAUCCCAACUUUGCAGUACCGAAUUUAUUUUACGCGCAGGAUCAACAUCUUCUUCCCGGCAGCUCAGCGCAAGAACGGCUGUCCUCUGCGGCAACUAUGAUGUACAACAAAAACAGCGGCACGACCAACUCCUCCUCUUCUACUUCCAGUAGUCAACAGAAGCUGUAUAUCCGAGGAAAAAAGAUUGUACAGGUGUAACUUUUUUGGGGAAACAGCAUUACAAAUCUGUCUGGCAUGAGAGCAAAACCUGUCAUGCGCAGAUUGUAGGUGAAAACGCGCCUGAAUGGACCUUACAAUGCAUGGCCGGCAUGAGAGCUGCAAAUACUUUGCAUGUUGCGCAUCACAAAUUUAGAUUUACACUAACAAUGUUUCUUUCCUUGAUACUGUACUCGAUCCUGGCCUUGGGUUAUCACAGGAAAAAAGUGUUACAGAAGUUACACAUUUGUUGGAGCUUCUGCAUCACAAAUUUUUUCUGUGUGGCAGAGAAAACUUGUAAUGCGAAGAUCAUAAGGGAAAACAGGAAGGAAAAGAGGCUCGGAAGCACUUCCUGCCUGAGAAAGGUUGUCUCUGUUGCCAGUCUUGCAUGACAAUGUGUAACUGUAACACUUUUUUCUUGCCAUAUGGGUUACAACCAGCUCGGGAUCGCAUACGAGAAAGUCCGGGAGUUUCGAAAGGCGUAUAUCCCGUGCAAAAGUAUCGUACUCGUACUAAUUGCGUUUAUGCACUACAAAUAUUUUUCUUCAGGCAAGUCCGCAUUACAAAUUGAAUUUGUAAUGCUAAGUCACUUAUUUGUG